AUGAGGCCCAUUCUACUCCAAGGACACGAACGGUCCCUGACCCAAAUAAAAUUCAACGCUGAAGGCGACCUGCUGUUUUCGUGCUCGAAAGACCACGUUAUCAAUGUCUGGUAUUCGCACAACGGAGAGAGGCUAGGGACAUACGAGGGCAACAAUGGGACUGUUUGGACCGUCGAUGUUGACCAUGAAACGCGGUUUCUCGUCUCCGGGUCGGCGGAUAACACUCUUCGACUGUGGAGUGUAGCAACUGGGAAGUGUCUGUACACCUGGGAGUUCCCGACAGCGGUGAAGCGGGUUGCUUUCAACGAAGAUGCGACCCAGGUGGUAUGCAUAACCGAGCAGCGGAUGGGCUUCCAGUGUGCAAUCCGCGUCUUUGACAUCAACAGACGAGAGGGCGAGGAGUCUAAUCAAUCGGAAGAGCCACGACACUUUUUCAACCCGAUUGGCAGCAAAGCGACAGUCUGCGCGUUCACUCUCCUCCCGAAUGUCAUUAUAACAGGCCACGAAUCGGGCAAGGUUGCCCUUUUCAACGUCAAGACGGGUGAAGAGAUCAACAACAACGAGCGGGCGCAUAGCGACGUUGUGACCGAUCUCCAACUCAGCAAAGACCGCACCUACUGUGUCACAAGCAGCAAAGACAAGGCAGCACGGAUACACGACAUCAAGACCCUCCUAGUCGUCAAAACAUUUACAACGGAAACGCCGCUCAACAGUGCUGCCCUUGCUCCCAAUCGUCCCUAUGUUCUCCUCGGAGGUGGUCAAGAAGCCAUGAAUGUCACCACAACAUCUUUGCGCCAGGGCAAAUUCGAAACGCGUUUCUGGCACAAGGUCUACGAAGAGGAAGUUGGUCGCGUUAAAGGCCACUUUGGUCCCAUAAAUACGAUUGCGAUUCACCCUGCGGGGACAUCUUAUGCUUCUGGGGGAGAGGAUGGAUUUGUGCGAGUACACCAUUUUGAUGAUUCUUAUUUCAAUGCCCAGCCAUACGGAGCUGUGGAAAUCGAAGACUAG